AUGGCGUUUUGGCGAAACCAGACGAGGACGGUGGAGCGUCGCAGAGCCGCCGGUCUUCCCGUCGUGAACGAGAUGCAGCGCUUCCGCUUGCUUGUGUGCUGCUUGUUUUGCAGCAUCUGUACGUCCCUUAUUUACGCCUUUGACCUGUUCACGACGCAGUUUGUGGAGCGGUUUAACCUCAGCGUCGGCGACCAGGCCACGAUUAGCACGGUGGGGCUGGUGUUCUGCUACUUCACGCUGCCGUACGGCUUCCUGUACGACUACGCUGGUCCCUUUCCUCUGAUACUUAUCUGCUUUGUCACCGGCGGGAUGGGGUCACUUCUGCUCGGCCUGGCGUUCGACGGAUUUAUCCCGGGAACUGUAACGAACUUCUCUAUUUUCUACGCCUUGAUGAACACUUGCGCUGGUCUCAUUGACGUGGUAUACAUUGUGACUCUGGCAGAGACCUUUCCGCGCAACCUUGGGCCCGUCGUUGCUCUUGCGAAGGUACUGACCGGGCUUGGCUCCUCCGUGCUGGCCUCCAUUAGCGUGAACCUCUUCGGCGACAACAUCUCCGGUUUC